AUGGCCGCCAUGAACGCCCCCGAGGGGGAGGUCAAAUUCGUCCCCAAACAGGCUCUGGCCCCAUCACCCCAGUUGUACGAUGAGCUCGUAUCCGACGGCAUGGAAAACCUCGCCAAGGCGUCCCUGGCUUUGAUUCGCAUCCCCGAUGGGGCUAUUAUUAAUGAUAACGGCUGUGGCACCGGAGCCGCGACAGCAGCUGUGGUCGACUCCCUACUCCCCGAACGCAGCCCGACGAGUGUGACGAUAAAGGGCAACGACAUCAACGAGGAUGCGCUUAUCAUCUAUCGGAAGCGUUCCGAGGAGGGCGGAUGGUCCGCCGAGGGUGUAAACAUGGACUCCAAUCAUCUGGGCUUUGAUACCAGCACCUUUGAUAUCACUGUUGGGAAUGCGCUACUGUUUGUGCUUCCCGAUAGUAUUGCUGCCAUCAAGGAGGUGUACCGCACCCUGAAGCCUGGAGGUGUGGCUGUCUUCAACACCUGGGCCUUGGUGCCUACGAUACCAUUGCUAGAGGUGGCUACCAAAGAGACUCGCCCAGAAUGGAGCCCGCUUCCACGUGCCGGUCUCGAAAAGUGGACAAAGGCAGACUUCCUAAGCCAAGUAAUAAGUGAGGGGGGUUUUAAACAGAUAAAAGUACACCAGCAAGAGGUGUAUACUACGGUAACAGACAUACACCACUACGCGAAUAUGCUAUGGAGCUUUAUUGGAGGAACCACUCCUAUUGGCUGGCUUCAAUCCGACGAGGAGAAUUGGGACAAGGCUAUAGAGGUGAUUAUCCGGGAGCUGAGGAGAACGGAUGGAUAUCGCGAGGUGGAGGGUGGCAGAAGCGAGCUCAAGUUCAUAGCGAACAUUGCCGUCGCCACUAAGUAA